UAACUCACAAGUACAAGAAGGAAAUUUCAAUCUUUACUCAGUUAUUGCCGGCUAGCUAUCAAACAACUCCCCCAAAAACCAUCACUUUUGAACUUAUUAGAUUUAGUUCACCUAAACUACACAUCAUAAUGAAAUUAAACUCUUCGUCAUCUUCUUUUCUUCUUCCUUAGUUUCUUCGCCAUGACUGUGUUGUCUGAGUAUUACCUCCACUCUCCGAAUCUCCAUAUUCUAAGUUUGCAACAGUAAUUAGUAAUCACACCAAUCAGUAGACACCAUUAAAUUUUUCUUACUUCCUUCCCAAAUUUCUAUUAUUUUCAAUUAAUAUAGUGGCAAUGGGAAAAAAUUCGACAAUAUAUAUAAGAAAAAGGAUGGAUACAUCAACAACAAAUCAUCAAAUCGUCAACAUCUAUCAAAUAUUGGAAUUAUAUACUCAGUCAAUUGAUUCCUUCUCUACUGUUUUAAUAUUGCUUUGCAAAUCACGUUUUGGACUUUUUAUGGUCUUGCAAGAGGAAAAUUCGCGAAGUGGCAUAAUUCAGAAGUGCCAGUUAUCAAAUUGGGGUACUAUCUUAUUGAAAUGGAUCUGUCAUAUUGAAAUGUGGACUUCAAAGUUAGAACUCUACUUGAAGAAUCUAGGUGCAAUUGUUCUUUUCUUAAAGGAGUUGGUUUGUUCGACUUUGAUGAGAUGUUGCUUGAAAACAUUUGUGUGGAAGUGACAAAAAAAAAGAGACGAGUAGCUUGGAGUCGUUUGUGAUUUGUCAUGUUAAGCGAGCGGGCAAUGUUGUGGCCCAUCUGUUAGCUCGUUGGGAUUGUCCCGCUGGGAACGAAAUUGUGUGGAUGGACUCUUUUCCCCAAAGUAUUACCACUUUGGUGGAUCUUGAUUUAAUAUAAGCUGCUAUGGUUUUCCCCUAAAAAAAAAACUAAUUGUUUUAUAAGGCGCCCUCAUUUCUUGUUUCAACUAGGGUCCAUAAAAUGUCAGAACCUGCCAUGUUUAUCUUGUGUUGUGUCUACUCUUUUUCUCUUAUUUGAGCCUAACUAAAUUGCUUCUUUUUUUUAAGGCUAUGUUCUUUUGGGCAUUUAGCAGCAGGUGAUAACAUAGUGAUAUUGACAUCACCUCCGAUCCUAGAGGUCAAAGGAUCGAGUCUCACCUCUUGCAAGGAGUGAUCCCCAAUUUUCCCCGUUCCUUGCAAGAGACUUCAUCUUACCUUUUAAAAAAAUGUUCUUUUGGGCAUUAUUUCAGUUCAAUUUACCUAGCUUAGAGCAAGAAUAUCGGUAGUCUGGAGCACCGAGUCUCAGCGCAGACUUUGGUGAGUCUGCCUCCAGACUAUCAAUAUUUGGACUAAAUGGAAUGAUGAGUCUGGGAAUGAGUUUUGGUUUCUCAAACUCAAUCUCAGACUUGGUUGUCGGCUUUUGGCAGAAUAAAUGUUAUCUAAAAUAAUAUGUUCAACUUUUGGUAGAGAGUCUGGAGUGAAUAUGAGGGAUAAAGUGUAAUACUGGAAUGAGUCUGAAGAAUAAAAAGUAGAUAAAAAUUAGUGGAAAGCUGAUGUGGCACAAUCUGAAGAUUGAGUUUGGAUACGAGGGAUAAACUCACCUUAGCUCAACUCUAUUCAUUUUUUUUAUAAUAACAACAAUAAUAAUAAAGACUGAGAGGUACCAUCUAUGUCUGUUUUUAGGUUGCCUGCUCUAACUGUGCAUGUUUGUCAAUAUAUAGGGAAAUCUAUCUAUACAAAAUAUAUCCAAACUAAAAGAAUAUAAUAUUUUAUAUUUUUCUAAAAAAAAGAUAGAGAGGUACUAUCUAGAUUCUAGAGCAAAUUUGAUAAAUCUCUAACAGAGAAUAGGGAGAAAAUCCCAUGAGAAGAAAUCUAGAUACUCCAAAUCUGUAAUAACUCCGUUUUCUCUUUCUAACUCUUGUCUCUCUAUAUGCAAAGUUCAGAGCUUGAGUCACUGUUUCUCCAAAUUCUACGUCUUUCAAUUACACAACUCUCUCUCUCUCUUUCUCUCUCUCAUAUCAUCAGUUUUUCAAGGUGGCAGCGAAGUGAUACCCUGGUGGUGGCGAAGGUAUUGAUGUUUAGCAGUUUUUUUCAAAAAAACUCUUAAGAUAAUGAUCAUAAUAAUCUGUAAAUUCUUCUGGUCACUUUGAGGAUUUUAUACUUAGAAAUCAUAACAAUGAUCAAACAAACCAAAUUCGAAGAAAGCCCAAUUACGGUGUUAACUGAAGAUAUCAUCCUUAAUAUCUUGCAUCGUUUACCCCUAAAAUCCUUAGGAAAGUGCAAAGUAGUCUCUAAAUCAUGGCAUUCACUAAUUUCGAACCCCGAAUUCGCCAAAUUUCACUUGCAAUUAUGCACUGAUCCACCUUUAACCAUCGCUCUACAAUACUAUAAUACAUUCUCUAGGCUUGAAAAUUCUUCUGAUAUCACUAAUAAUGGUGCCGAGUUAAUCCCACUUGAAUACCAAUUUCCUGCCACUUUUUUUAAGACUCAUUUCUGUUUUCUUAUUGGGUCAUGUGAUGGUCUUGUUUGUAUUUACUUUAAGAUGAAAUCUGUGAUGGUAACAAAACAAGUUUUUAAGGAUAUGAUGUUUCUUUGGAACCCAAUGACUAAUGAACGCAAAGAAAUCACAUUACCUAAGGAACCUGGACAUACUUAUGUCAAGUUCAAGCUCUGUUGGUUCGGCUCCGUUCCUUCAAUUGAUGACUACAAGAUUGUCUUAGUAUAUAUAGCAUACAAUUAUCCAUCUGAAAGGCGUUUCGUUGUAUAUUCGUUCAAAGAUCGUACAUGGAGGCAAAUGCAUGAUACACUUGGAGAUGAGCUUAUUUUCGGUCCAAGUAUAAACUUGGUUUUCAAGAAUGAAGCAUUACAUUGCCUUGUUAGUCAUGAAACCAUAUGUAAAUUUGAUUUGGUUCGCGAAACCUUUGAAGUUUUCCCAUUGUCAAUACCGGGUUUUUCUCAAGGAUCUCAUUCGAAGAUGCUUGGUGUCUUAGGCGAAGAUAGAUCAUUAUAUGUUAUGUUCUCGCAGAGCCCUGUGAAUUGGUUGUGGGAAGUGUGGUUGCAGAAAGAACAUAACAAAUGGGAUUCUUGGAGAAGGUUGUAUAAUACUUCUAUGGAGUUGUCGGAGGAAUUUGUCUUGUAUUGCAGCAAGUUUUUGGGGUUCACGUAUGGUGGCAUUCUUUGUGUCCAACUAAUGAAUGAACUUUGGCUUAUUGACCCAACUUUGGAUCCACCUUUGUAUGCAGUUGUUAAGAAUCCUUCCUAUGCAAAGGUUUUUGAGGUGUUUGAUUAUGUGGAGAGCCUUAUUUCCCCUGUUUCUGUUCUUCCUCAAGUAAAUCAGAGUAAGGUUAGAUAGCAUCUCUUUUAGUUAGCUUUUGGUUGGAGAAGUCUUAAUGCCCUAUACUUUGUUUUGUGUUCUGUAAAAGAAACUAAUGGUAACUGUUAGUGUUUAAGACUUGCCUUUCAAGAUCAGUAUGUAUAUUGGACUAUUACUAUGUUCUUUUGUAAACAAAAACAUAUUUUGUAGUACUACUUAGUUCUAAUAUGCAAGUACUUUGUAAAUGAGAAGCAAUGUAUUGUAAAUCACUUCUACCUUUUCAGAGAUCACAAUCAAUGGAUGGUAAGUUUAUAAUGGA